AUGAGUUCAUCGCACCGCACCUCCCAGGAUGUUUCUGCGGUCAUUUAUCGCUUACCGCCCUGUCCUGACCCUGGGUACAUGAACGCUACGCACCUCCACAUCUGCUGCUUUGACCCCAGCCAAGGUCAAGACGAGAUGCUCCAGCUUGAUCGCCUUUUCGCGUUACUUCGUGUCGUUCACUCCCUCAAGAGCCUCACACUGACCCUUCACAAAGAUGUCGACCUUGGUUCCUUGGCUCUUUCUGAAGACCAUCUCAGGCUCGACGAUCUAGAGCAUCUGGUUCUCAACUUGUACGAUGACAAUAGAGUCGUAGCUCCCGUCAUGCGACGCCUGCUUCUCCCGAACCCAGCCCUUCGCAUCGACAUCAAUAUGAAGAUCUACGAGGGAUAUGUUUCACGCAUGAAGAACCUCGGUCUCUUGGAACUAUGUCCUAGCUAUACUGAUCCGGAUAGGUCUGCAGUUUGGUGCAACAUCUCGGAGUCGGCAUCCCUAUCUAUUGUCGAGCUCGGCGUGUACCACCUCGAGAAGGACACCGAACUUCGCCACGUCCCCACUAUGCGCAUUAGCAUGGAGGAUCCCCAUGGGGAGUUUUUCGCCCGAACUUUCCAUCGUGGUUACCUUCCUGCUUUUCUACGCUCUCGUCACGCUAUCGAGUCCCUCACCGUCGACUUCACCAGGAUGCUAUCACUAGACGACCUUCUCUGCGCGCUGAACGCCACGUUGGCCCUUGAGUUCUUUAGUCUGCGCUUCAGCGGGAGCGGAGCUAGUUUUAGCGUCUCUUCCUCCAUCGAUCAAAUUGCAAAGCCUAAUCUCAAACACCUCAAGAACAUCUCGAUUAACUGUGACGACCUUCCGCACUACGCCCUCGCUCAUGAAGUCAUAUCACGCGUCAAGGUCCGGGACAGUAACCAAUGCGACAUCCAUGUCAUAGCCUCUCGUCGGAUCGCAAACAGUCUUCGAGCCACCGGCGGAUACGGUAAUCGAGGCGUCCUUGGUGUGGCGCCUUUGGACUUGGAUCCUAACCGCUGCGUAACCUGGUGUCACCUUCGGAUCUCUUCAGCGAGCUGUUCUCUCAGAGGCGCCACUCCUUAUCGAAAACAUUCUAUUUGUGGUCCCUCUUUUGAUUUCGAGCAGGACGACCCUUCGAACUUCAGUUCUCUCGACAUGUUGCGUGACCUGCCAUCCUUUCUGGAAACCCGUCCUACGAUCACGCAACUCUGGAUCACUGCAGAGCAGAAAGUACAGUCUAGGAUGCUCAGCCAGUGGUCAGAUAUAUGGGCUCGGUAUCUCACCUCUGUACCGAAUCUGGAGGAGGUGGUCCUCGGUCUCGACAUCUUCACGUCGUAUGGAGCACAUAGGUCACCCAUAGGAGAUGCGAGGGGACUUGGCUUUGCCCUCAGUCAAUCAAGCCCUGUGCUUUGUCCCAAAUUGAAGCAGCUUUUGCUCACCUUCACAAACUCGCAGUCGAACACGCAGCUCGAGGAUGUCCUCGCUGCGAUCCUUCAGAUGGUGAAGGACAGGUGGAACUUAGGUGCCCCGCUAGGAGCAGUGGUGUUGGUUACGAAUAAGGUGUCUUAUUUGAAUGUUCGGGAGACUGUGAUUUUGAAAGAGCUAGAGAGCUACGGUAUCGAUCUUGAGUUUCAGGAGCCUGAUCCUCGUGGAUUGGUCGAUUUCGAUUGCCCUCGGAGGAUAUAG